AUGAUGAAACGCUUACAAUCAUCACCACGCCACAAGGUUACACGAAAGCACCACAGUGGUUCCACAGAUUCCACUGCCGACCACCAUGCAAAAGAUACCGACUCGCUGCAUUCUGAUUCUGACAGAAGUACAUCCGAGUCAUUUGAAAAAAGAACGGAAAGCGAGUUUGAACGAAACUCCAUUCGAUGCAUUCGUUACUUCAUUGGAUUCCUCAUGAUUGGAGUGACCGCCUCGGGUGUCUUCUUGAGCUACAAGUAUCUAAAAGAUCAACAGGACACGAACUUUACUAUGGAGUUUAAUGUCAUUGCCAACGACAUACAACACUUGAGCUCUGAUCGUGUUACCGAACUUCUGGGCGAUACUCAAUCGCUCGCCCACUCCAUCACCACAAUGGCCAUCAACUCUGGCGUUGACUGGCCCUACUUUACCGACCCGAACUUUGGCUUUGUGGUUUCCAGUUUUAUGACACUCACCGACACCCAUGUGUUGAGCCUGGCUCCCAUCAUUCAUGACGCGGUUGAAAAUGCCAACUGGACAAAGUACGCUCAAGCCAACAAGGAUUGGAUACAGCGGGGCUUGGAAUUUGAAAAGAGGGAGCCUGUAGAGAAUGCUACCUUCUUUCCAAGCACCUAUCGAAUGUCUGCUGGGGUCAAGAUACCUGAAAGGGGCCAAGGACCAUUUCUUCCAGUUUGGCAGACUGCCUAUACACCGGACGACGGAGGAGUUGUCAACUUUAAUCUUCUAUCGGACGAACACUAUUCCACAGUUUUCGACUCGGUCCUUGAAGGAAAGAAAGCUGCCAUGACCGACACUUCGCAUCACAUUAUUCCUAUCUACUCGUCAAACGUUGAUUUUGAUGAGCUCCAUGACUUUCGUCAUGACAUGCAUCACGAGGAAACACCCAAUAGCUUGCUACUCUAUCCAGUCUUUAAAGAUUCUACGGAAGACGAAAUCGUCGCAAUCUUGAACGCAGACUUUGAUUGGGUAACGGCAUUUGCUCUGUCCACGGACGAGGAAAUGCCAGCCGUGGAUGUCGUGGUGGAUGAUAUGUGUGGACAAACCUUUACUAUCCAAGUCAAGGGAAACGAUGCGCACUUUGUUGGAUUUGGUGAUCAUCGCGAUCCCAAUUACGGCCACUUUUGCCACAAGUUUGAGUUUGCACCAUCUCUCGAUAUGCAUCAUACCGGAGGGGAUGAGUGUUCCUACAUGAUUCAUAUCCAUGCGACCAAAGAGUUCUCCGAGAAGUACCACACAAGCCUUCCUAAAAUGGCAGCAAUUUUGAUUGCUGCCAUUUUCCUCUUCAUGAUCCUAAUUCUCUACCUUUACGACGCAGCUGUCAAUGCCAGACAAAAGAGAAUUUUGAAGGUUGCUUCCAAGUCCGAGAAGCUUCUUUCUGUGCUUUAUCCCAAGACCAUUCGUGACCGAUUAUUCCAUGUGAAUUACAACAGUGACGAUGAUUCCACCGCGGGGGAAGGUGGCAAACAAAGUGAUCUAUUGAAAAAGGCAACCAAAUAUCAGCUGAAGACCUUCAUGGCGACGGCACUACCCACCGGAAAAGCAAAUUCGCUGGAAUUCUUUGAUUCCAAACCAAUUGCAGAUCUCUUUCUCCAUGCUACAGUCUUGUUUGCCGAUAUCUCUGGUUUCACGGCAUGGAGCUCGGUCCGCGAGCCAUCUCAAGUAUUCACACUGCUUGAGACGGUAUAUCGGGCCUUUGAUGUUAUUGCCAAACGCCGAAAGGUCUUCAAAGUGGAGACAGUAGGUGAUUGCUACGUGGCAGUUACCGGUCUGCCUGAACCAAGAAAGGACCAUGCCUGUAUCAUGGCUGGAUUCGCUCGAGAAUGCGUUGACAGGUUUGGAGAAUUGGUGGGAGUCCUCGAAACGACCCUGGGACCUGACACUGGUGACUUGGGCAUUCGUGUUGGAAUUCACAGUGGACCAGUCACAGCUGGUGUGCUCCGAGGUGACAAGUCUCGUUUCCAGCUCUUUGGAGAUACGGUCAACACUGCCUCACGCAUUGAGGCUACUGGAAGACGCAAUCGGAUUCACAUUUCGGAAGAGACUGCCGACCUCCUUGCGUUGGCAGGCAAGGCCGAUUGGCUUCGCCGAAGAGAUCAAUUGGUGACAGCAAAGGGCAAGGGGAAUCUCCAAACCUUUUGGCUCAUGACCAAGCAGGACUGCAAACUACAUGAACUUGGUUACACUACCGCUGAGUUUCAACAACCCGAACAACAGAGCUUGGAAAUGUCUCUGCCCGAAGAAAUCACUCAAGCAUCCCUCAACUUAUCGACAAGUUCUUAUGAAGACAUUGAAGCCUUGCUUUCGCCCAAGAUGAAACGUCUCUGUCAAUGGAACGUGGAUGUCUUGGCUCGUCUUUUGAAACAAAUCGUGGCCCAUCGACUUGCAUCGCAAAGCAAUCACCACAAAACCUUGUACGACAAGGAACUCACCAUGAGAGAAGGCGAGAUCCGUUGUCAAUUCAUGGUACUGGACGAAUUGGUGGAAACCAUUCCGUUGCCCGGGUUUGAUCAAAAAGUGUACAAACGCCAACAAAAUCCAGACGAUAUAGUGCUGCCAGAAGCCGUCAUGGAACAGAUGAAAUUGUAUGUGGCCUGUGUGGCCGCCAUGUACCGGGACAAUCCCUUUCACAACUUUGAACAUGCGUCGCAUGUCAUGAUGUCUGUUUCCAAACUACUGAGUCGAAUCAUUGCGGCCGAUGAAAUCUUGAAUGCCAAUGAAAAUGCUGCCAAAUCUCACGACUUUGGUUGGUCUCUUCAUGAUCAUACCUAUGGCAUCACUUCGGACCCCAUGACGCAAUUCAGUGUCAUUUUAGCCGCCUUGGUUCAUGAUUUGGACCAUUUGGGAGUCUCCAAUUUCCAACUCAUCAAGGAAGAUCACAAAUUGGCGCACAUUUUCAAGAACAAGAGUGUGGCCGAACAAAAUUCCAUUGUCUUGGCCUGGGACACGUUGAUGCAUCCACGCUUUUGCGAAUUUCGUCGUACCAUUUACGCCACUCCCUUUGAACUGGAGAGAUUCCGUCAAUUGAUGGCGAAUACCGUCCUGGCGACGGACAUUUUUGAUAAGCAAUUGCAAACCUUGCGAAGGAAUCGUUGGGAAAUGUCCUUCAGUGGUCCCAAACCAAUUACAAGAGACGAGACCAAGGACAAUGUGAAUCGCAAGGCUACCAUUGUGAUUGAGCAUUUGAUCCAAGCUUCGGAUGUGGCUCAUACCAUGCAGCAUUGGCACAUUUAUCGCAAGUGGAACGAACGGUUGUUUCAUGAAAUGACUGUUGCCUACAAGGCUGGUCGGAUGGAAAACAAUCCUGCCGAAAUGUGGUACAAGGGCGAACUCGGAUUCUUUGACAAUUACAUCAUUCCAUUGGCCAAAAAGUUGAAGGAAUGUGGCGUCUUUGGAGUGGCCAGUGACGAAUAUUUGAAUUACGCCAUGGAAAAUCGUCGGGAAUGGGAAGAAAAGGGAGAAGCCUUUGUGAAGGAAUUGGUGCAAAAGUACCAUACCGAAGAACGAGAGGAUACCAACAAGUUGGUCCAAAGUCACCGACGCAAUCCCAAGCGUAUGAGUUUGGACUUUUCCAAACCACAAUUCAACCUAAGGUGA